UUGCUAAUAGAAUGGACAAAAUGGUGAUUCUGAAGAUGGUAAGUCAAAGAAGGGUCAAUAUGAAGGUCCCGAUCCUGAAUUGGCUGCAAUGCUUGAAAGGGAUGUGUUAGAAACCUCUCCUGGAGUUAGAUGGGAUGACGUUGCAGGACUUACUGAAGCAAAAAGACUUCUAGAAGAAGCUGUUGUGCUUCCCUUGUGGAUGCCUGAAUAUUUCCAGGGAAUCAGGAGGCCAUGGAAAGGCGUUCUCAUGUUUGGACCUCCAGGAACUGGGAAGACACUUCUUGCUAAAGCAGUUGCUACUGAAUGUGGGACCACUUUCUUUAACGUAUCUUCUGCAACUUUGGCUUCUAAAUGGCGUGGUGAGAGUGAGCGCAUGGUGCGGUGUUUGUUUGAUCUUGCAAGAGCAUAUGCACCAAGCACAAUAUUUAUCGAUGAAAUUGAUUCUCUAUGCAAUGCAAGGGGGGCAUCCGGGGAGCAUGAAUCGUCUAGAAGGGUGAAAUCUGAACUUCUUGUUCAGGUUGAUGGUGUAAGCAAUAGUGCCACAAAUGAAGAUGGUAGCCGUAAAAUAGUAAUGGUUUUGGCCGCAACUAACUUCCCAUGGGAUAUAGACGAGGCAUUAAG